GAAAAUAACUUGAAUAUAUCACGUGUAUUUCAAAACUUACCAAGCAAUUGUAUUUUCAUAUCAAUCUUUUUGUUAAUAAAAGAACAAGUAAAACAAAUAUACAGAAUGACUGAUAUACAGAAACAAAGAAGUUUAGGAACUUUAGCACUAAUGCAAAUUGCUUCUGGAGGAUCAGCGGGCUUCGUUGAAGUUUGUUUAAUGCAUCCAUUAGAUCUUGUUAAAACUCGCUUCCAAAUACAAAAAGGACCCGAUGAUCCAAACCGGUACAAGUCUAUAGUAGAUUGCUUCAAGAAAAUGUACCGACAAGAAGGAGCACUGUCGUUCUACAAAGGCCUUCUGCCCCCGAUUUUGGCUGAGACGCCAAAGAGAGCAGUAAAAUUCUUUACUUUUGAACAGUACAAAAGUCUUUUCCUUUUUGGAGCAAGCUCACCAACUCCUGUGACCUUUGCUCUAGCUGGAUUGUGUUCUGGUUUAACUGAAGGAUUUUUAAUCAAUCCAUUUGAAGUUGUCAAGGUUAAACUGCAAGCUGACAGACAACUCUUUAGCCAGCAACUCUCUGCUAUACAAAUGGCCAAAACUAUUUAUGGAGAAAAUGGCUUUGGUAGUAGUGGUUUGAACAAAGGUCUAACAUCUACUUUGCUACGUCAUGGAAUUUGGAAUAUGAUAUAUUUUGGAUUGUAUCAUAAUUUGAAAAAUGUUGUUCCGAUCCAAAAGGACCAGAAUAUGGAAUUAGGAAGGAAGUUCGUCUUAGGUUUAAUGGCCGGUAGCAUAGCGUCUACAGCCAAUAUACCGUUUGACGUAGCCAAGAGCAGAAUUCAAGGACCACAACCAGAAACUGGUAUUAAGUACAAAUCAUGUCUACAAACUAUACGUUUGGUAUAUAAGGAGGAAGGAUAUUUAGCUCUAUACAAGGGACUGCUUCCUAAGCUAUUAAGACUUGGACCAGGAGGAGCCAUAAUGCUAAUGGUUUUUGAUACUGUCUACGAGAAACUGCAAAAUUGGUUUUAA